GUGUUCUUUACCUACGAUUCACGACUAUUUCUCAGAUUUGGAUUAUAAAAAGAUUUUGAUUCAAGAUGUCGAUUGCAGUCCCGUCUAACUUUGAUGCUGAAAACGCUGACAACCUCGAGGAUAUCGAGAAGCAGUUUGCCGUGAUGGCUGUCACCCAGGCCCAGACUUACUGGAAUCUGCUCUGCAGCCUCAAAGGCUCGACUCUCCGUCUGACCAAACUCGACGAUGACAUCUACAACCAUCUUAUCACCGACUUCCCCGAGUAUUCGACCGCCGCGUCCGUCAAGAAGAUCAACGAGAGCGACAUGAAGAACCACAAGGGAAAAGAGCGGUGGCGGAAGUUCAUGAACACUUACGAAAAGACCGUCAACGACUACAAUUUUGGCUCUUUGCUGCGAACCGACUCCGAUGCUGAGUACGAGCAGGACACCACAAUUUUCGUCCCCCGGAUACAGUUCCUCGCGAUUGAGAUCGCCCGCAACAAGCACGGCCUCAACGAUUGGGUCUACGAGAACGAGCAGCGACUAAAUGCCGAGGCUGCCAAGAAGUAAUAAGCACUCAUUACUAUCCGAAUAAAUCCAUUGUUAUUAUAGAAU